CAGUAUAUUUAAAAAAUAUGAGCGAAAAGCAACGUCUUUUAUGCCCCGAAGAUCAAACAACUGAGGAAUUUGAGAAUUUUUUAGAAGAUAGACCAACGACAGAAAAAAAAUCGGACCUUAUUUCUUUAUUAAAGUUGACAAAAGACCAUACCAAAGCUAUAUCACAGCUUCAAGAGCGGUUAAAUAACGAAUUAAACAAAAACAUGCUUUUAACAUCUAAGCUAGACAUACUAGCUCAAAAGUUUGAAUCAUUUCAAACGCAGUAUUUUUCUGAAAUGACAAAAAAAAAAUAGUGAAAUAGAAAAGUUAGAACAUGUAUUUGAAGCUCGCCUAGAACUUCAAAAUUCAGUUAUAGACGAGUUAAAACUACAGCUUCACACUUUGCGCAAGAAAUUCGAUAUGAAAAGUGAAGAUAAUUUACAAUCUAAAAAAUUAAUUGACUUACACGAUGAAAUUCCAAAGAAACUAUGCAAGAAAAAAUCGAAUGACGGUUCCGAGUCUACUUAUUCUAGUUCUCUUACACUCCCGCGCAUGCCUACUGUGUAUAAAGGUGAAACAGUGUGGAGAAUUAAUUCUUUUUCAAAAAAAUUGAAAAAAAUUUCCGCUGGUACAUAUGAAGAACCAAGUCGUUCAGAGCCGUUUAGUACGGGUGCUCAUGGUUAUAGACUUGCAAUAUGGGCGUAUUUGAAUGGGCGAGGAAAAUGUUCUGGAAAGUAUUUGUCAUUAUUUAUACGAGUCUUGGCAAGUGAAGUUGAUGCUAUUUUACCAUGGCCAGUUAAACCUUGCUAUAGUUUUUGUUUAUUAAGCCAAGAUCCUGAUCCUAGUAAGCGCUUAGAUUUUAUACGGAUUCGAGAUCUAACCGUCAAACAUGUUGGAAUUAGCAGACCUCAAAAAGAUGAUAAAUCUUUUAUAGUUGGUUUCGAUGACUUUAUUCAUCAUGAUGAAUUGGUAGAAAAAAACUUUUUAGCUGAUGAUACACUGUUUAUAAAAUGCAAUGUAGAAAUCUAUAAUGCUUGAUUUUUUUUUUUUUUACUUUA